AUGGCUCUUAAGCAAAACACAACCAGCAUCUGUACCGCUGCUGAGGCUCAUAUCAUCUCCUAUACCUUUACUAUCAUAUCGCCUGACUUCAGAAGCACGGCUGAGCGUGCUGCCACAAUGGCCACCCACUACCUCCCAGAAACCACUUUUCUGAUCGAUGGUAAAGUUACUCAGCUUUCUGAGCCAGGGCCCUUUCAGUCUCUUAUUAAAGAAGCUCUGAACAGUAUGGAUGGAUGUGUCAUUGAAGUGAAAGGGUUCAGAGUUACGAAAUAG